AUGACGGUGAAAUUGAGAGAAACGAUGGCCAAAGAGGAAGAAUACGAUAAGCUGCCUGAUAAAGAUGCUGCCAAAGAGUUUUACGCUAAGUACGAGCCAAAGGAGAUACUUGGAAGAGGUAUUUCCUCAACAGUACGACGAUGCAUAGAAAAAGAAACCGGCAAGGAUUAUGCAGCAAAAAUUAUUGACCUCAGCAACGACGAUUCUUCAGUAGAAGCAACUAGACAAGAAAUAAGCAUUCUACGAAUGGUGGCUGGCUAUCCUUACAUCAUUGAACUCCAAGAUGUAUUUGAAUCCAAUACGUUUAUGUUUUUGGUGUUUGAAUUGUGCAAACACGGAGAACUAUUUGACUAUUUGACGUCUGUAGUGACCCUCAGCGAAAAAAAGACCAGAUACAUUAUGAGGCAAAUAUUUGAGGGCGUAGCUCAUAUUCAUUCUAAAGGAGUGGUCCAUAGAGAUUUGAAACCGGAAAAUAUACUUUUAGAUGACAAUUUAAAUGUUAAAAUAACAGAUUUUGGGUUUGCGAAAAAAUUAGAACCUGGAGAACUGUUGCACGAUUUAUGUGGAACCCCAGGAUACUUAGCUCCAGAAACUCUAAAAACUAACAUGAUGGAUGACGCUCCAGGUUACUCAAAAGAAGUAGAUAUAUGGGCCUGUGGAGUUAUCAUGUAUACAUUGUUGGUUGGUUGCCCGCCGUUCUGGCACCGAAAACAAAUGGUGAUGCUCAGAAGUAUUAUGGAAGGAAAAUAUUCAUUCAGCUCACCUGAAUGGGCAGACAUAUCAGAAUCACCUAAAGACCUUAUUCGAAAACUAUUAGUAGUAGAUCCAAAGCAACGGAUAACUAUUGAGGAAGCUUUGACACAUGAAUUUUUCCAAUCUGUGCAACUCUGGGAUCAAGACAUUGUCACUCUGAAAAAGACAUUUAGAAGGAAUUCACGUAGGAUGACUAUCAUUUCAGAAUUAGCUUUGAAACUCCAAACAAGUCGUUUCGAUGCCCGUCGUAAAUUCAAAAUGGCUAUCCUGUUUGUCCGAGCAAUGGUAAGAAUCCAGAGGCUACGUUUCACUCCUGAACCUCUAUCCCUAGAAGCUGCUAGAUGUGAUCCUUAUAGGAUUAAGAUACUUAGAAAAAUUGUUGACGGCUGUGCGUUUCGGGUUUAUGGUCAUUGGGUAAAGAAAGGCGAAGGCCAAAAUAGGGCCGCCUUAUUUGAAAAUACUCCAAAGACAGAUCUGAAACAUAUAUACCUAUCAAAUCUUAGUCGAUAA